AUGAAAAACUGUAGCGCGAGAACUGUCAUUUUUCCAGUGAACCACGCAUCUACCAAUAAGAAAAAUGGGAGCCAGAAUUACUUUGCGAAUCCCUUACGAGGGGUAGGAGAAAGGUCUAGCAAAAAAUCCUCAGGGAAUUUGACAUUACUGAAACCCAUGCAUAUAUUGCUUAUAGCUCUGUUAUCCCUUUUGUUACAAAACAACCACACGCAUGAACAAACAGGAACCCUCAAAUUACAAUGCGCUACUAGACAUUCAAGAAAUUUAAGCGAAUCCCAUCAUAGAAAAACACGCAUAAGUAGCAAGACGAAUAGCAAAGGUAGUUCCCGAAAAAAGGCUUCACGCACAAGUGAUAACACAAAAUCUACAGUAAAUAUAGCCCCAAAUGCUCGCCACAUUUCUAAUGAUAAAUAUGAUAUUUAUGGUAGCCAAGCAGAUAGUAUCUUUGGUGUUAAAGUUGAUGAUGAAGAUGCAAGUGUUUGUGGAAGUGAAGAUUUAAGUGUCUGUGGAAGUGAAGAUGCAAGCGUCUUGGGAAGUGAAGAUGCAAGUGUCUAUGGAAGUAAAGAUUCAAUCCUUUUUGGAGGUGAAGAUGCAAGUGUCUAUGGAAGUAAAGAUUCAAUCCUUUUUGGAAGUGAAGAUGCAAGCGUCUUGGGAAGUGAAGAUGCAAGUGUCUAUGGAAGUAAAGAUUCAAUCCUUUUUGGAGGUGAAGAUGCAAGUGUCUUGGGAAGUGAAGAUGCAAGUGUCUAUGGAAGUAAAGAUUCAAUCCUUUUUGGAAGUGAAGAUGCAAGCGUCUUGGGAAGUGAAGAUGCAAGCGUCUUGGGAAGUGAAGAUGCAAGUGUCUAUGGAAGUAAAGAUUCAAUCCUUUUUGGAGGUGAAGAUGCAAGUGUCUAUGGAAGUAAAGAUUCAAUCCUUUUUGGAAGUGAAGAUGCAAGCGUCUUGGGAAGUGAAGAUGCAAGUGUCUAUGGAAGUAAAGAUUCAAUCCUUUUUGGAAGUGAAGAUGCAAGCGUCUUGGGAAGUGAAGAUGCAAGUGUCUAUGGAAGUAAAGAUUCAAUCCUUUUUGGAAGUGAAGAUGCAAGCGUCUUGGGAAGUGAAGAUGCAAGUGUCUUGGGAAGUGACGAUGCAAGUGUCUUGGGAAGUGAAGAUGCAAGUGUCUUGGGAAGUGAAGAUGCAAGUGUUUAUGGAAGUAAAGCUCCAAGUGUUUAUGGAAGCAAAGCUCCAAGUGUUUCUGGAAGCAAAGCUCCAAGUGUUUCUGGAAGUAAAGCUGCAAGUGUUUAUGGAAGUAAAGCUGCAAGUGUUUAUGGAAGUAAAGCUGCAAGUGUUUAUGGAAGUAAAGCUUCAAUCGUUUAUGGAAGUAAAGCUUCAAGUGUUUAUGGAAAGGAUGAUGAAUCAAUUAUGGGAGACCAGUAUUCAUCAAGUAAUAGCAUAAAUAUGGAUGAUUCUACUGUUACUUUAAUUAAAAACAAAAAUCCAAAGGCUUCCGCAUACGGUGCACAGAAAGGGAACAGCAAUAUAAAAAAUGAUCACGAAAAUGACAGUGCAAGUGAAAUAAUGAGUACUAUUGGAAGUGAGUCAAUUUCUGAGGAAUCAAUAAAUCAGGAUAAUUCUGCUGAUUCAAAAAAUGAAGAACAAAUAACUGGAAAGAUCAUAAGUGAUCUAGUUAAUAGUUUAGGUGAAACUGUAAAAAUAUCAGAAAUGACACACAUAUUUAAUCUUAUGAUGGCCCUUGAGAGAAAAAAAUAUGAUAACCUAGAAAAUGAUAUAAUUCUUUAUGCCGAUGAGGCAGCAAAAAAACAGACUGCCACAGAAAGAUAUAAAACUUUAGAAUGGUUAAGAGUUCAGUAUUCCUUGAUGGGAUCUGUUAUUAAUUUUGAAAAAAAUGCAUAUAAAACACUUAGAUACCUAAUUAAAUCAGAAACACAAUCACGUGCGGAAUUUAUUAAUUUAAUAAAAUGUGCUAGAAAUUCAUGGAAUAACUUAAGAAAGGAUAAAGAAUAUAUGGCCAAAGAGCACAUAGCAAAAAGCAUGAAAAAAUUUAAUAAAAAAAAAAAAUAUUAUGUUUACUCGUAA